CAGCAUUGUUGACAAAACACUCACAAAGCGCAGGCAAGUUGAGCAGCACUCCAAAAAGGAUUAUGCUAAAAAGGCCAUUCAGUAGGCACGAGCCCUGAAACUUCUUGACCCAUCCAUCACACUUAUCCUCUGGCAAAGACGGCUACUCAGACUGGGACCGAUACGUCCUCUAGCAGUGCAUCAAAUCCGUCGACAUGCAUUCCAUCCAUUACUACUCCAUGGGCAAAGGCCACUACGCAAACAUCUCGUCCGUGUACGCCGCCGAACGCGCCAUCCAAGUGUGCGGACCUCGGAAUGGCGACCAUCGCGCAGAGCGUCAACGUUAUUGCGCCACUUAUGACUACGCCCGUGGGUAUCUGGAAGCAGACGACUUACUUUCCACUGCUGCUCUUUUCUAAGUACAUGCGCGGAAAGUCGGUCGCUGUACACGUUCGAACGGGAACGUAUCAAGGCAAGACAUUUCCCGAGUGGGUUGAGACGACUUGCACGGUGCCCAAGCUUGAUGUCAGUGCUGCUAUUGAUGCCAAUGGGUGGAUGAACUUGGCUGUUGUUAACUUAGAUGAGGCCAAAAGCUUCUCGACGCAGUUAAGCAGUAUCAAGAAGGGCGUCGAAGUGCAGGUUUUCACCGUGGGCGGUGACAAGUUUGUGGUGACAGACACUAAUUCGCCAAAGGAUGAGAAGGUUAGCAUCAUAGAGUCAAAAUGGGUCGCCAUUGGUGAUGUAUAUACCUUUGAGCGCUUGAGCUUCACGUUGUUGCGUUGGAAAACUUCCGUUCUCUUUAAGAAUUAGAUCAUCAUGUUUUGCUUUUAACUCAAAAUACGAG